CUGAGAUGAAUAACGUGCCCGUCCUCCUCACACCUCUCCUCUUCACAGCUCAUUACUUACAGGCCUGCGCCUUAUCUUCAUAUAAAAGGCCUCAAGGUGGAGGCGAUGACAGGAACUGCAGAUCAGACAUGGCUGGAUGUGAGCAGGGCCCAGGUGUGUACUGUCCUCCAUACACCGGGCCCCCGGAGAUGGUGCAGCCGCCGCCGCUGCUCACGGACAAGAUGAAGUCUCACUAUACAGAUGACCGCGGUGCCACACAUUGGCAGGAACGGAAUAUGGAGGAAUAUCAGAAAGAGUGGGAGUGUGGGUCCUCGCAGCGCAGAAAGAGAAUGAUCUUCACCAAACCACAGCUAGAUAUUCUAGAGCUCUUCUUCCAAACCAACCAGUAUCCGAAUAUUAACCAUCGGGAGGAGUUGGCAACAUGUCUACAUAUCCCAGAGUCAAGGAUCCAGGUCUGGUUUCAAAACCGAAGAGCGAAGAGAAGGCGUGAGAGUGGGAAUCCAAAGAAAAAACCAGUGUUGAUAGAAUAUUUUCCCACUGACCAAGCUGGAAACAAAGCCACUCAACGUCGCCAGAAUAUCGUGAGUCAACAAAAAAUGGUGGCAACUGCAAAAUGGGUGAAGGCGGCAAAGCACUCAAAACCAAACUUCUUUCCUCAGCCAGCUUGUAUGGGAUACCAUCCAUAUUCUUAUCAGUCACCCCAGGCACAAGUAUCUAGUGUGGUCUACUGCCACAGGAACAUGGCAUCAGUGAUGGGUGGUGAGGUCACAGACUUGAACACUGGGUCCUCCCAUAAACCCUAUUUCUUAGAUUAUCUGUUCCCACCAAACAAGACCAUAAAGUCUGAGAUGAGUAGUGGGGCCAUAGAGUCCCCAAUCACUACAAGCCCAAACUCUGAUAGAUUGCAGCUCUUCACUACACCCAUUCUAUUCCAGGUGCCCAACACCCCCAAUGAUGUCUUUAAUCUUGGUUCUGCAGCCUCGGAUUCAGGCCUUAGUGACCCCUCCUUAGACUCUGACUGGGAAGACUAUUUUCUUUUGGGAGAUCAGCGACCCUGCUACAAUCUGAGCUUGGAGAUCUAGUUCUGGUUCCUUAUGCAAAACAGGAAACUUACUUAUAAAAAAAAAAUAAAAAAAGUUGUUUUUUAUGCAAUUUUUAAAUCUAUAAACUGAUAAUAUAUAGUAAAGAAAUAGUUUUAAUGUAGCUGGAUUUUAUUUGGUUAAUAUAUUGAUAAAUAUUUAUAUAAUUUUACUGAAAGAAGUUUUG